AAGAGAAUCUAUUCUAAUUGCCUUGCUCGUACGGAAAACAGCGUAAGAAGCGUACACCAAUUACAAAGAAAAAUCAAAAAGUCUGUAUCCACGUACAAGCGAAAUUUAAUCCGAAAAACGUUGACUAAAUCAUCACGCCAAAAAAAUUGCAUGAAAAGGAUUGUGCGCAUACGAAGGAAUCUAUAUAUGUGUAGCAAGAAAACGGGACUGUGAUAGAAGCUUGAAAACUAAUUUAAAAAAAAAAUGGCAAUAUAUUCGGGUGACAGUAAUCUUGAUGAGCAGAUUGAUUUGUGGUUGAAGUGGGAUCGCAAUACACAAACAUUAAAUGAAAUUAAAGAAUUGUUGACUAAAAAGGAUUUCCCCAAACUUAGCAAGCGUUUGUUGAAACGUUUAACUUUUGGCACAGCUGGCUUAAGGGCUUGUAUGCAAGCGGGAUUUGAUUCCAUGAAUGAUUUAGUUAUAAUACAAACUGCUCAGGGUUUAUGUGAGUAUAUUAAAGAACAAUAUAAGGAAGAGGACUACAAUCGAGGUGUAGUUUUCGGUUUCGACGGUCGUUAUAACAGUAAACGUUUCGCUGAAUUAUCUGCUACGGUAUUUGUGCAAAAUAAAAUUAAAGUUUACUUAUAUGGACAUAUGGUCGCCACGCCGUUUGUACCCUUUGCUAUUUUACAAAAACACUGCUUGGCCGGCGUUAUGGUCACUGCUUCCCACAAUCCCAAAGAAGACAAUGGUUACAAGGUGUAUUGGGGCAAUGGUGCCCAGAUUAUCUCACCCCAUGACAAGAAUAUACAGAGGGCUAUUUUAGAUAAUCUCGAACCCAAAGCAAGUUCUUGGCGAACUGAUAUCUUAACGCAGACCGAAUUGAUAGAAGACCCUUUCGAGGAAAUGCGCGAAUUAUACUUUGAAACUCUUAAAACUCACAUACCGCAAAAAUAUUUGGAUGUUAAUCAACAGCAAAAAGAGCAAGAAAACAUAAGAUUUGUCUACACAGCAAUGCAUGGAGUAGGUUGGCCUUUUGUAAAGCAAGCGUUCCAAAUAGCCCACUUGCCUAACCUAGUACCAGUUGAAGAGCAGAAGGAAGCUGACCCUGAAUUUCCUACUGUGAAAUUUCCGAAUCCCGAGGAAGGAAAGAGUUCGUUGCAAUUAUCUAUAAAAAAAGCGGAAGAGGAAAACAUCAAUAUGAUAUUAGCUAACGAUCCUGAUGCAGAUCGCCUUGCUUAUGCUGAAAAGGAUAAUGAGACAGGUGUAUGGAAGGUUUUUAACGGCAAUGAAUUAGGCACAUUGCUGGGUUGGUGGUCAAUAGAAAAUUAUAAAGCUUUACAUCCUGACGUUGAUAUGGGCGAAUGCUAUUUACUUGCCAGCACUGUGAGCUCAAAAAUACUUCGAGCCAUGGCCCAUAGAGAAAGUUUCAACUUUAUAGAGACUUUGACGGGUUUCAAGUGGAUGGGUAAUCGUGCCAUUGAGUUAAUGCAACAAGAUAAACAUGUUCUAUUUGCUUUUGAAGAAGCAAUAGGUUUCAUGUUUUCUACAGCCGUUCUCGAUAAGGAUGGUAUUAGUGCUGCGACUCAUUUGGCUACCAUGGCUUGUUAUCUUCGUUCUACCGAAGGUCUUACUUUAACCAACAAAUUGCAACAAAUUUAUCAAAAAUAUGGCUAUCAUUGCACAAAUUGCUCCUAUUUAUUUUGUGAUCAACCAGAGAUUAUUAAACGUAUAUUUGAUCGCCUGCGUAACUUUCAAAAUGGACAACCCGGUACAUAUCCAUCGUCGAUACUAAACGGAGAGUUUCGCAUAAAGAACAUUCGUGAUUUAACCACGGGUAUAGAUACAGCCCAACCUCACGGUCUAGCUAUCUUACCAGUUAGCUCAAGUAGUCAAAUGAUCACUUUCAAUUUUGAGAAUGGUUUAGUGAUAACACUGCGUACAAGUGGAACUGAACCGAAAAUUAAAUACUAUGCCGAAUUAUGUGCAAAGCCAGAAGAAAAAGAUUGGGGCAAGUUACGCGCUACAUUAGAUCGUAUGGUGGAAGCUAUUGUAGAAGAAUUCCUACAACCUUGCUUAAAUGAUUUAAAACCCAAAGCCGAUUAAUUUUAAGUAUUUUCUUUAGGAUUGGACUACCGAGAUUAUUCUUACCUUGGGUCAAUCUUG